CCCACAAACUUCAUUUUUUUUUCCCCCCAAGCUUUGAAAGAAGACAAGAACCAAACACACAACAUAUCAGACACAUCAACCGGAUCUUUGAGCCUCUGGGUUCUGGUUAAAAGAGGGACUUCAGCUCCUCCAGUUGGAUUUCUGUCGCUUCAGGUUCUGCCUAUUUGCAGCUUGUCACCCUUUCUAAUUUGGAUGCUUUUCGCCCUCUGACUGUGUUUUAUCGCUGCAAGGCAGAAUGGCUCUGGGAGUGCUGAAUCCACAAGUGAAAAGUUCCCUGAGCGGGAGCGUGUUUUUUGACCGUGGAUCCAUAGUAGAGCAGGAACCUCCACCUCCGCUGCGUAGCUACCUGUGUUUGACUAUUUUCACCUGCUUUUGUCCUGCGUACCCUAUCAACAUCGUGGCCCUGGUCUUCUCCAUCAUGUCUAGGAACAGCUACUAUCAAGGGGACUUUGACGGGUCGAUGAGGCUGGGGAGGAACGCCCUCUACGUUGCGGUCGCCUCCAUCAUCAUCGGCCUUCUAAUCAUCGCUAUCACCUGCAUCGUUCAUUUUACCACUAUGGACUUCUAGUGCUGUGGAAGUGGAGCGAGGAAGUAGAGAACAAACAAACAAACAAACACUUGAACAGAAACUGAUGAUGGUGAUGUCUGAAUGGGCUCGGGGUGGCCAGUUCGUACUGUACCAUCUGCCGGUGUAAGGACUCUGACUUUCCCUCUUCUGUUCGUGGCUUCCUCCCACAUUAACACUCUUCACAUGGACAACCGAGGACUGUAAAUUCUGUUGCAUGUACACAUUUCAGUGAUUGAUAUCGACAAAAUGGCAGCUUCCUAUGGCAAGUUUCGGUCAGGCUGUGGCCCUCAUGUAAUAAAUGUAUUUUCACUUUUUCUUUUUCUUUUUUUUUUUCAUGACUCGUCUAACUAACAGAAUAAUACCUACUUCCUCCAGAAAGAUAACACACUUGACGAGAGGGCUUGAUAUUGAUAUUAAGACAAGAAAACACUACUUUUGUUUCCACAAUCAUGCUGAUGUUCUGAACAUUUAUAUUCACCAUUAUUAUAAUGUGUCUGACAGUGUUUGGAUGCUUUUUAUUGACAACAGCAAAGUCUUACAUUAACUGUCUACAUUGUUCCUGCUGUACAUCAAGCUUGUGUCUAAGAACUACUAUAGAAACAAACCUGUCGUUGGUUCAUUUUGUUUUCACUACUCCAGUUUUACUCUAGAGGGGCACUCCACCAGUUUUACACGUGAAUCUGUUCACUUGCGGGU